AUGCUCUCUGCCUUCACAGCUCGGCCGAUCAUCGAGCUCAAGCAGCGCGACAAGUCCAAAAUCGAGACCAUCCUCGCCCAUGGCGACCGCCUCCUCGUCGGCCUGAACACCGGCUCCCUGCGCAUUUACCGCGUCAACAGCGUUGCCUCUCCCGACUCGAAGCGGCCCAACGGUGGCAGUAGCGGUAACGGCCGCGGCAACGAUGUUCCUGCAAGCCCGCCAAAUGCAUCAUCCAGCCCAACCACCAAGGCGGCCCCACCGUCAACCAAUCCAAGCGACCUCCUUCGCGAAGUCGAAAAGUUCUCUACGCGGGCUAUCGAGCAACUAGCCAUAAUCAAAGAAGCGAACACGCUGGUUUCCUUGUCCGCAUACCAUGUCUCGCUACAUGACUUGCAUACCUACGAACCGAUCGAGACACUAUCGCGCACCAAGAAUGCGAGCUGUUUCGCCGUCACGAGCAACAUCGUCAAGGACGCAGCCACAGGCAUACCAGAGAUCAUCAGCCGGCUGGCCGUGGCGGUCAAACGGAGGCUGCUGCUAUGGAGCUGGCAUGCGAGCGAGCUGGGCGACGAUGUGGGCGAGAUCAUGCUGCCCGAAGCGGUGCGGUGUGUGACGUGGGCAAGCGCAACCAAGAUCGUUUGCGGUAUGAAUGCGGGCUACGUCCUGGUUGACGUCGAGACUCGUUCAAUCACUGAAAUCAACGGAACGGGCGCAGCGGCAACAGGUGGACAGGGGAGCAGAUUUGGUGCUGCAAGCAUGGGUUAUAUGGGACUUGGUGGCUACAUGCCGAAACCGUUGGCUGUAAAGCUGGCCGAGGGUGAGAUGCUCCUCGCCAAGGACAUCAACUCCCUGUUCAUCGAUAUCGAGGGCAAGCCGUUGGAGAAGCGCCAGAUUCCAUGGCAGAGUGCGCCCGAGGGUAUUGGAUACAACUAUCCCUACAUACUGGCUCUUCAGCCGCCGGCCAAGGGGUCGCUAGAGGUGCGCAAUCCCGAGACUUUAUCACUUCUACAGACGCUCAACCUGGCCGGUGCUGCACAAUUGCAUUUCGCCCCACCGACACUCAGUCUUGUCCACGCUGCGAAAGGCUUUCACAUCAGCAGCGAGAGAGUGGUGUGGAAGAUGGAUGCCACCGACUACGAUACGCAAGUGGCCGAGCUGAUCGCGCAAAGGCUGUACGAUGAAGCCAUCAGCGUCCUUGGAAUGCUUGAGGAUGCACUGCUGAAUGACAAGACGGGCACAAUGCGCGAGGUCAAGAUGUUGAAGGCCGAGGAGCUAUUCAAGGCCAAGAAAUAUUUCGAUAGCUUGGACCUGUUCAAUGAAGACGAGGUGCAUGCGCCACCUGAACGUGUACUCAGGUUAUACCCGCCAAUGAUCGCCGGCGAGCUGUCGAACGAAGGCAAGAAAGCCGAAUCCAGGGAAGGGACGCCCGAGCAAGAACCACAGGAGCCGGAGCCGGAACCGCCACAGCACGAGGAAGAGGGCAAGACCAACGGGGAGAAAAUUUCAAGUGCCAAAAGCGAUAUGGUCGAAGCUGCCUCGCCUCAAAAAGCAGGCGGGUUCUCCAGGUAUUGGCCCAUGGCUGGUGGUUACACCCGCAAAGCAGACUCGGACACAGCAUCCAUUUCUUCGUCCAAGAAAGCGGACAAAGAAAAAGAUGAUUGCGAUGCUGCCAGUGUCAUUGCUCCCAAACCUCCUGCAUCGACUGAAGACGGAUUACUCGAGGGAAAAGACCUCAUGACAGCGGUCCGCGCCUUGAACUCGUACCUGGCUGGUACUCGUGCUCGUUUACAGCGCGUCAUAGAUCCAGCGACAGGACAACUGAAACGGCAGUCUUCCUCAACCUCACAACCUUCUUCAGCACCGGACGACCCCUUCACCUCCCUUUUGACAAGUCAGGUCGAUUCGGAUAAGCAUCUCGAGGAUGAACUGCGGGCAACGUUUACCUUGGUUGACACCACGCUGUUCCGCGCGUACAUGUUCAGCCAGCCGAAGCUAGCUGGUUCCCUCUUCCGAAUCCCCAACUUCUGCGACCCGAAGGUUGUCAAUGAGAGACUUUUGGAGAGUAGGAGAUUUAAUGAGCUGGUCGAUUUCUUCUACGGUAAGAAAUUGCAUCGUGAGGCACUGACUCUCUUGAGGAAGUUCGGUACUGCGGAUGAAGACGACAGAGACGAGGAGGGGGGCGAAAAGAAAAGGAAGCGUAAAUGGUGGAAGCCUAAGAUCCUGGCACAAACGGAUGAGAGGGACGAGGAGAAAGACAACGGCGACCAUGUGUAUAAUGGGAAGGACCACGACGAGGCAACGGAUCUAGACGUUGACAUUCCGGUAUCAGAAAUCCCCGAGCAGCUCCGCGGCCCUCAGCGCACCAUCAUAUACCUACAAUCCCUUCCGCCAGACCUGAUCGACCUGAUUUUUGAAUUCGCCGACUGGGUUCUUCAUCGCAAUCCGGAUAUGGGCAUGGGGGUCUUCAUUGCCGAUACCGAGAAUGCCGAGACGCUACCCCGGGAGCAGGUCGUUAGAUACUUGGCCCAUAUUGAUGAGGACCUCGUAGACGGUGUACUCGAAAUGCGUUACCUGGACUACAUCAUCGAUGAACUCGAAGACGCAACGCCAGAUUUCCACAAUCGAUUGGUUGAAUUGCUCGUUACGAAAUUGAAGGACACAGAAUCUGAGAAGGAUGGCGACCAUCAAGCCGCUGGUGACAAGAGGACCGAUGAUUGGAUGAAGUGGAUGGGGCGAUUGGUCAACUUCUUGAGGGAGAGCAAGCAGUACAGCCUUGGUCGGGCUUUUGAGCUCAUUCCCAGGGAAGAUCCUGCAUUCUACGAGGCACAAGCAGUGGUGCUUAGCAACAUGGAGCAACACAACCAAGCGCUGGCGAUAUACGUGUUCAAAAUGAAAGACUACGCCAAAGCCGAAGAAUACUGCAACCGCGUCCAUAAGUUGCAAUCAGAGACAUCCAUCACUGCGCCAUCUUCGCCGAAUACACUACACCAAAGGACCCGGCCACCAUCGUCUUAUGCUCAACCCCUGAGCCAAGCUACUGACCAAGAUGACCCGGAGGCCACACCUUCGAUAUACCACACUCUCCUCUCCUUGUACUUGACCCCGCCGCAUCCUUACGAGCCCAACCAAGAGCCAGCCCUAGAUCUCCUUUCGAAACACGGCUCACGCCUUCCAGCCACCUCAACCCUGUCCCUCAUCCCCGAUUCGCUACCUGUUGAUAACCUGGAGUCGUACUUUCGCGGCCGUAUACGGGCCGCCAACUCGAAACUGGCAGAGACCCGUAUCUUAGAGGGACUACGCAAGACUAUGCUCGUCAACACACAGGCGUCCUUGCUUCUUGGGGACGGACUGCCCGGCGGCCAGGCCGGCAGGAACCGACGCGUCGUCAUUGAAGAGGAGCGGGUGUGCAGCGUUUGCCACAAGAGGCUCGGGAAUAGCGUCGUGGCUGUACUGCCGAACAACGGGGUGGUGCAUUAUGCUUGUUUAGGACGAAGUGGGAAGGGGGCGGGGUUGGGGAGGAGUGUGUCGGGGACGAGAGGGAGAGUCGCUGGGGCUUGGGGGAGGAGUUCGUAA